AUGCAGAGCAAUAAAACCUUUAACUUGGAGAAGCAAAACCAUGCUCCAAGAAAGCAUCAACAGCAUCAUCACCAACAGCACCACCAGCAGCAGCAACAGCAGCCGCCACUAAUACCUGCAAAUGGUCAACAAGCCAGCAGCCAAAAUGAAGGCUUGACAAUUGACCUUAAGAAUUUUAGAAAACCAGGAGAGAAGACCUUUACCCAGCGUAGCCGGCUCUUUGUGGGCAAUCUUCCUCCUGAUAUCACUGAGGAGGAAAUGAGGAAACUAUUUGAGAAAUAUGGGAAAGCUGGUGAAGUCUUCAUUCAUAAGGAUAAGGGCUUUGGCUUUAUUCGCUUGGAAACACGAACUCUAGCCGAGAUUGCCAAAGUGGAGCUGGACAACAUGCCACUCCGUGGCAAGCAGCUUCGUGUGGGCUUUGCUUGUCAUAGUGCAUCCCUCACAGUUCGAAACCUUCCUCAAUAUGUGUCCAAUGAACUGCUGGAGGAAGCCUUUUCUGUGUUUGGCCAGGUAGAGAGGGCUGUGGUCAUUGUGGAUGAUCGAGGAAGGCCCUCUGGAAAAGGCAUUGUUGAAUUCUCAGGGAAACCAGCUGCCCGGAAAGCUCUGGACAGAUGUAGUGAAGACUCUUUCCUGCUAACCACAUUUCCAAGGCCUGUGACUGUGGAGCCCAUGGACCAGUUAGAUAAUGAAGAGGGAUUACCAGAAAAACUGGUUAUUAAGAACCAGCAAUUUCACAAGGAAAGAGAACAACCACCCAGAUUUGCCCAGCCUGGCUCAUUUGAGUAUGAGUAUGCCAUGCGCUGGAAGGCACUCAUUGAGAUGGAGAAAUAGCAGCAAGACCAGGUGGACCGUAAUAUCAAGGAAGCUCGUGAGAAGCUGGAAAUGGAGAUGGAGGCUGCUCGUCAUGAGCACCAGGUUAUGCUCAUGAGGCAGGAUUUGAUGAGGCGCCAAGAAGAACUUCGAAGAAUGGAAGAGCUCCAUAAUCAAGAAGUGCAUAAACGGAAGCAACUGGAGCUCAGGCAGGAGGAGGAGCGUAGGCGCCGUGAGGAAGAGAUGCGGAGACAACAGGAAGAAAUGAUGCGGCGACAGCAGGAAGGAUUCAAGGGAACCUUCCCUGAUGCGGUAUACCUCCCAUGUGCCCAUAAUAGAGAACAGGAGCUGCGGAUGGGUCAGAUGGCUAUGGGAGGUGCUAUGGGCAUAAACAACAGAGGUGCCAUGCCUCCUGCUCCUGUACCGGCUGGUACCCCAGCUCCUCCAGGACCUGCCACUAUGAUGCCAGAUGGAACCUUGGGAUUGACCUCACCAACGACUGAGCGCUUUGGCCAGGCUGCUACAAUGGAAGGAAUUGGGGCAAUUGGUGGAACCCCUUCUGCUUUCAACCGUGCAGCUCCUGGAGCUGAAUUUGCUCCAAACAAACGUCGCCGAUACUAAUAAAAUUGCAUUGUCUAGUUUCCUAAAACCCUUAAAGAAAAGGACCCUUUUUGGACUAGCCAGAAUUCUACCCUGGAAAAGUGUUAGGGAUUCCUCCCAAUAGUUAGGUCUUCCCUGCCUGUAGUACUCUAUCUAGGGAGUCUGCUGGAGGCAGAGGGCAAGGGAGGGGAGAUCAUUACAAAUCAAUGCUGUGUGGUAUAUUGUUUCUGUGUGGUGCAUUCCUGAAGUCUCAUGUGAUUGUUGAGCCUAAGGGAACCAUGACAAAAUGGAUCCAGUUAGAGCCCCAUUACUCAUGAUCAUUCCAUUUGUCCAUCUUGUUCUAUUUGCUUAUUCAUACCCUGCAACCCCAACGACACUGCCACGUAUACCACUAAAACCAAACAUCCCCCAUGACCUUAGCCCCAUUGCUCCAUUCACUCCCAGGUGGGAAUUCCAGCAAAUGUCCAUAGAGGUCACAGACAACAUAUGUACUGGUUCUGUUAUAUCCCAUAUAUUACCCUUUCAUGUCUUAAGGAAGACAUUUUCUCUUAGAGAUUUUCAUUUUAGUAUAUCUUUAAAAAAUCUUG